CGAAAAGUGGCGUUUGCUUUAUUUUUGUACGGGAAGUUUUCUUUGCUCGUCUCAUUCCGCGAGACUUGACAGGAGUGCCACGAGAAAGUGACGUCGAAGGAUAAACAAACGGGGGGAAGGAAGCGAGGCGGCAGCCCGGACACAGGCACAGGAAAGACGACCUGCAGCACCUACUCGUUAGUGUGCACGAAAUUAUAAAAUACUAUACAAUGCAGUCUUCCAAGAGGAGUGAAAGUGACUGGCAGGGGCUGGUCAGCGAGUUCCUGGUGUGCAAGCGUAAACUGGAGAGUAAGAAAGAGGCUCUGCUCAUUCUGUCCAAAGAGCUGGAUACCUGUCAGCAGGAGAGAGACCAGUACAAGCUGAUGGCCAACCAGCUGCGGGAGCGCCACCAGGGUCUCAAGAAGAAGUACAGAGAGCUUAUUGAUGGUGAUCCCUCUUUGCCGCCAGAAAAACGCACUCAAGUGAACUUGGCUCAGCUGUUGAGAGACUCGAGGGAACGAGCGAAACUGCUAGCUGAGGAGGUGAAGGAGCUCACACAGAGGCUUACGGAGGCCCAGGGGGAUAACAAGCUUCUGAGGAUGACCAUUACUCGACAAAGGCUGGGGGAUGAGGAAGUGGGAACGCGCCACUUUCCUGCCCAUGAACGUGAGGAUUUGGUUCUUCAGCUCGAGCGAGCAGGACUGCAGAUGGAGGAGAUGCAGCACAACGUGAAGGCUCUGUCAGACGAGCUGCAGGAUGUGAAGGCGGAGCGCGACGUGUUCAGGGAGAAGGCUGAUCGACUCAACGUGGAGCUUAACCAUAUCUUGGGCAACAACGUGGCACGCAUCAUUGAUGUGGACGCCCUCUGCAUGGAAAACAAGUAUUUGCACGAGCGUUUCAGCCAACUGCAAGAGGAGGUCAAUCUCUUGAAAUCAAACAUCAUGAAGUAUAAGACAGCACUUGAGAGGAGGAAGAACUCCAGCACAUAUGGGAAAUCAAACAGCAGUCCCCUCACUGGAGUCCUGUCAGCCAAACAAGUACAGGAGAUGAUCCUGGAAGAGCAGGGCUGCAGCCUGCCGGCCACUCCUCAGUCCAUCGCUGAUCUCAAGUCCCUGGCCACAGCUCUGCUGGAGACCAUCCAUGAGAAGAAUCUGAUCAUUCAGCACCAGAGGCACACCAACAGGAUCCUUGGAAACAGAGUUGCUGAUUUGGAAAGAAAGCUGAAGACCUUGGAGGUUUCAGGAUUGUGGAGUCUUCCAGGCUUGACCUACCGUGUAUCAGUGGGAAUUGGGAGGACACGGAACAACAGCAUGCUGAAUGAAAACCUCCAACCAGAGCUUUCACCGACACGUGCCACAUCUCAGCCAAUCAUACAGCCCAUCGUGCAGCAGCCUCCCAGAGACAGCAGAAGUGCAGAUGAAUCGCUGUGGGAAUGCCACACCGCUGGCAGCGACCUUGGCACAGAUGGCGUCAGCAGGGAGGACACACCUGCUCUGCUCAGCAGUCUGCAGCGAGAUGCGGGGGUGGAGGGGAAUGGAGUCGACAGGAGGGGCGGAGAGCGAGUGACCCCGAUGGAAGACGGUGCUGCCGGGGAGAUGGAGGAGGAGCGUAGUCCGGUGGAAGAGGCGGGGCAUGAGGUGGAGGGAAUUGAGGAUGAAGAGAUCGGUUGCACCGUGGAGGAGGGAGAGGAGGCGGCUUUGGCGCUGGAUGCGCCGCCCAAUGAAUCAGACUUUUCCUGGCUCAUGAAUACACAAGCUUCUACGGAUCAUUUAGAAGUAGGGGGUCAGUACUGCCAAACCCAGGACCACGAUUCUAAUAAUGCGCCUGAACUCGAAAAAGCCUCGAUACCAACUCCAGAGAAAGGGGCAGAAGAGGUGUCAAGUACACUCGAGUGGGACAUUCACUGUCCAUCUGCAUAGAGUGAUACCUGUCAUAGCGAAAACCUGGCAUAGAAUACUCUCGGAGAUGGAAUUAAAACUGCAUCCAGUCAUCCUCAUUAAUGAUUGCAUUAAUCAUUGUUCGACUUGACACUUGUGUCCUCGAGAAAACACCUUUUCAGCCUCCGUCCGCAGAGCUUGUAGACAGUUGCACUUGUCAGAGAAGGACAGGAGGUGGCGCUGGUGGUGGCAGAGCUGAAGAUGCUGAGAUUUUCAUUGGGAGUGGCCAGCGUGGACAAGAUUAGAAAUAAGCACAUUUGACAAAGGAGGUUGAAGAUGAAGCUGUCGGGUAGGAGGAAAAGAGAAAGACCACAGAGAAGCUUUGCAUGGAUGUUGUGAAGGAGGACAUGAGGAAAGUGGGUGUAACAGAGAAGGACACAUGUGGGGCUUUUCCAUGAUACAGUUCUAGCUCGAUAGUACCUGGUGUUUUUUUAGUACCUGCUCUGGCAAGGUCCCAAGCGAGCUGAGCCGACACUAAACUGUGACGUCAGCAGAUUGCCAGCUGCUGAUUGAUCAGAGUGUCGUCACUGGAAGAGUCACGAGCGCGACAUCCGACGUAAGAAUAAAACCCGAGCAUACGUGGCUGCUGUCCCGCAAAAAUACUCCGUGGUCCAUCGGUGCAGGACAAAAAUGACAUCAUAGCAGUUUAACGACCCCACCCACGCUGAGGAGGUACUAUGAAGUAACGGAAAACGAUGUGACUGAUACCAAACCGUGUAGAGUCGGGUUGAGUAGAGCUGAGUAGUGCUAGAACUGUAUAAUGGAAAAGCGUCCACUGGUAAGACGGAGGCAGAUGAUCCACUGUCGCGACCACUAAAGGUAGAAGCCGUAAGGGAGAAGAAGACAGAGCCAGAGGUGCGUUUGUACCCAAACAGACUUGUUACGACUCAGAAACAGACAAUGUUGAAAUCAAGGAUUGCCCUCCAGAAUAAAAGAAAUGGCAGCCUCAUGUCUUGCUCAACGUA